AUGCCGACCACCUUUGAACGGAAUCUCAAUCUAUGUUUCACUAAAAUCAAACGCCCCCAAUCACCACCACCAUCUCCUCCUCCUCCUCCUCCCCACCGCCAUCGCCACCACCAUCGUCGCCGCCACUCCGAACCAUCCCUACACAAUCCCAAAUCUAACCUCAUCAAAAACUUCAACACUCUCUAUGACAUUCCCCCCGCCUCCGAUUCUGACGAUUCAUCAGUCAUCACCGCCCCUGAUUUCUCCACCGCCAUCGCUUCCAAUCGCUUCUUCUUCUCCUCCCCCGGCCGCUCCAAUUCCAUCAUCGAAUCCUCCUCCCCCUCCACCUCCUCUCUAGCCUCCACCUCUUACACUCCUGAGGAUGCCACCGACGGUUUCGUCGGUGGCGGCGUUGCGAUCCCGACGAUCUCGCCGGACCCAUACUUUGACUUCCGGAAAUCGAUGCAGGAAAUGGUGGAGGCACGUGACCUCGUCGAUGUACGCGCCAACUGGGAUUACUUGCACGAGCUACUCACGUGCUAUCUGGAUUUGAACCCGAAAAGUGCUCACAAGUUCAUCGUCGGAGCUUUCGCGGAUCUUCUCGUUACUCUCAUGGAAUCGACGACGGCGGAAAACGGUGGACGCCGGAAUGUAUAA